GUUUAUCAGAAGUUAUUGUAUCUUAAGAAGCGUUACUGAGCAGAACACGCGUUCGAUUAUUAAAAUACAUUUUCGUUGAUUUUAGACGUAAUUUUUAAUUAGUUGACUGGUGUUUCAGUUUUAUUAUGUGCUAGACAGACACUCUUAACACGAAAAACGUUAAACGUAUAAUAAUACUGCGCGAUUGCAUUUUACAAUACAGUGACACUAUACACGAAAAUUUUUACAUUUCCUGAGAUAAAGACUGCAAGAAUUUCGUUACAAAUGAUUGCGUUAAUUAUCUUGUCGGUGUUCAUACCUCAAUUCCUGUGCGAGAGUGUGGUUCUCCUAGACCUAGCUCCCGAAGAAGCCCAAAAAUUGAUUGCUGGUCGAAGUUUGGCAGUAAAUUAUGCACGAAAAUUGGACGAAGGACCACUGUCGGCAUCUCCGGACAGAGGAAACCGAAAAUUCUACCACAACGGCAAAGUAAUCGAUAAUCCGAACGAUUAUGUUCAACGAACAUAUGAGGCGAGCCAAUUCCAUGCUCAAGAUGGUUUAGGGCGUUCGAUGUUUGGAUAUUCUGACUGGAAUCAAGGCCGCUUGGAAGCGAGAAAUGCAAAUGGUGAAGUGCGAGGAUCUUAUCAAUAUGUUGACCCAUUCGGCGAGGAUGUUAUCGUUAAUUAUUGGUCGGACAGCCUUGGAUUUCAUCAAAUGGACAAUCGACCAAAAUUUGUGAUGAGUCCUGUGACGGAAACACCUGAAGUACAAGCAGCACGUGAAGCUCACGAAAAGGCCUGGGCAGCGGCAGCUGCAGCAGCUAGAGUGAAUCCCGACCCAAUGAGUGAUAUCUACAACGCAAAUUCCAAUAAGUUAGAUGAAGAACAAUCCGAAGCUGAUCAAGCAAUGGAAAUCAAGCAAGGUCUUAGCCGAUAUCCAAACCUCGCAUACACGAACCAAAUUGAGGAAGAAGACGAGGAAGGGGCCUUUUCACAUGAUUCAGUCGUUGUUGAGUCAACGGGAGAAGCAAGGGAUAACAGUAAAUUGGGCAAAAUCCGAAUAGAGAAUGAAGAUGACGAAGUGGAACCAAGUAAUCCCAGAGGAUUCUACUACAGUUUUGAGUAUCCAGUGCAUCUGAUUUUAGGAAAUUCGGACGAUCGGCAACAGCGAAGCGUUUUAGCAGAAAAAGGCACACCGAAAAGUACAGAGACCGAUAUAAGCAAACUAAGUUCUCCACUGGAAGCUGAAGUGGCAGACUAUAAAAUCGUCAAAAGAAGUGAAAACAGUAAGGACGCCGGACUUGUUUCAGAGAAAAAUAUUGAGAAAGCCGAUACAGUAACGGUAGUUGGAAAGAAUUCUGAAAGUCAAGGCAAUGUAGAAACCCCUGAUGAUGUGAAAGAAAUCGAAAAGAAAAAUCCGAAACCAAUCAGUAGUUCUACCCAUCCAAACUCUAAGACAGUCGAGGCUCAGAUUCCGGUGUUUGUUAAAGUUGAGUCUGAGGAUCAGUCCAGUGAAUCGAUACUAUCUGAAAUGGAAUUGAAACGUUUAGCCACCAACGCAGAUGUAAUAGAUGCAGUACAUGAUGCUCAAAUUCAUAGACACCAUUAGGCUUAAAACUUUUGGAUCCAAUCUAGCAAUAAUCUAGGGAUGUGUCGUCUAAAAAAAAUUGUUAAUAUUUCCGGCACGAGAAAGGCUGUACAACUUUAGACAAAUAAAUUAAAAAAGAAGAAAA